GCCCGACGGUCUCAGUCGUUCGUGGACCUCGAAGGACGAAAGAGGUCGGCGAAGAGGGCACAGACUUCCUCCUCCGCUCUCUCGACCUUUCGGUGCAUUCUCUCUCUCUCUCUCUACAUCUAUCUAUAUCUCCCUCUUAUCCUCCCUUCCGCGCGCUCUUUCUCUUUUCACUCGUUCGCUCGCUGCGCGCUGUGCUCUCGCGGCGGUUCAGUCGACGAUAUCCGACUGGCCACGCCACACACACACACACACACACACACCGCCUGCACCGACCGUUCGUGCGACGAAUCGGCCGCUUCCGCUCCGUCGUCGCUCUUGUGAUAUCUCGACGGAGACUACUAUCUAUAGCCGCUGCUGGCUUUGUAAUCGUCGAUUUUUCUUCGAUUUUUAUUCCGAUCUGAAUUGGUGCUCCCGCAAGGAUGCGGAACUGCUACUUCGUCGUCGGCAUCGUGCUGCUGUGCUGCAUUCAAGAGUACGCGAGCAGCUCGUGUCCGCGCAUUUGUCCGACGAGCGGCGAGCCGGUAUGCGGCAGCGAUGGUGUCAUUUACGCGUCCUCCUGUGAAAUGCGGAAGAAGACCUGCGGUAAAGGCGUGAGCGUAGCGACGGAGAAGACGUCCUGUCUGAGAUCCUCCGGAAGCAAGUGCGAGCAUCGGUGUCCCGGUGACCAGGACCCAGUCUGCGGUACCGACGGCCGCACCUACCUCAACAAGUGCAUGCUCAGGGUGGAGAUAUGCCGCGUAGGCAUCGAGCUUUCCCAUCUCGGACCUUGCAACAACAUCUCGGCCCAUCGGGAGAACUGUCCCGUCUCCUGUGACUUCGCUCCGCUCGAUGGACCUGUCUGCGGCAGCGACGGCAACGUCUACAAGUCGACCUGUCAGAUGAAACUGCUUACCUGCGGGCAGGGCGUGGUGAGGACCAACAAGAAGCACUGCCAGACGACGAGACACUGCCGGGAGUCCUGCUGGCGGGGAGCCAAGCCCGCCUGUGGAAGCGACGGUAUCCUCUACGCGAACACCUGCAAAAUGCGAGCGAAGAACUGCGGGAAGCACGUGUUCGAGGUACCGAUGUCCUUCUGCGUGUCGCGCGAAAGGACAUCCGGCAGCGCGGCCACGGCCUGUCCCCUGGACUGCAAGAACGAGCCGGAAGUCGCAGUUUGCGGCUCCGACGGGAGCAUUUACCGAAACGAGUGCGAGAUGCAGAUGCUCAACUGCGGAAACACGAGGAGGAAGGUGACGGCAGUGGACUUUGAGAAGUGUCGAAACCGCCUGUCCAAGUGCACGAAGCAGCAGCAGCACUGCGGCACCGACGUCGAUCCAGUUUGCGGCAGCGACGCCAACACCUAUCCGAACCAGUGUCACUUGAAUGUCGCCAUUUGCAUGAAAGGCAUCCAGCUGGCUCACGUGGGCGAGUGCACGACCUUGAAGGAGAGCGAACACUGCCCGGAGGACUGCAACGACGUGCCCGAGGAACCAGUUUGCGGCAGCGAUGGCAACGUCUAUCGGUCGCUGUGCCAGCUCCAGAAGGAGACGUGCGGCCAGCGAGUUGUCCAGGUGCCGGCCCAGCACUGCCGCACCACUGCCCUCUGCAACCAGAUCUGCAGCGGCGAGAGGCAGUUCGUCUGCGGCUCCGACAACAAGCUCUACAGGAACGAGUGCGAGAUGAAGAGGGACAACUGCGGCAAACACGUGUACGUCGUGCCGAUGAAGCGGUGCGUGCAGGGCUUCAUGUUCCGGGGCUGCCAGAAGAUCUGCCCGCCUUAUUACGACCCGGUCUGCGGCACCGACGGCAUGACCUACAGCAACGAGUGCUUCCUCGAGAUCGAGAACUGCCGCACGCGAAAUCACGUCACCAAGAAGUACCACGGACUAUGCGGACAGCCCACCGAGGAGCCCAAGAACUAUCUCUACUGAGUCGAGAGAUAGAGAGAGAGAGAGAGAGAUGGAGGUAGAUUAGCGAGAAUGUACAAGUAAGAGAAACUUUAUUAGGACUGUCAAUUGCGAAUUUUUAAACGAAAAUUCGACGCUUUAAAUUACAAAGAAAUUUCGAGCUCCGCGCUGUGAAGUCUGACUUAUUCGUAUUUGGCGCGAGGAGCUUGCGACUUGGAUAUAUUAUGUCCUUCUUUUUCUUUUAUUUAUUUCGCGUAUACGAUAUCGUGUAAUUUAAUUUAUGUAGCGAACUGCGGACAAAAUUGCAGAGAGAUCAUCGAUGCGGAAUGACGUUAUGGCAUCGUGCGAUGGACAAUCACGAAGUGCCAAGAUAUCACGCGAAAUUUGUAUACCAUGAGCGCGAGCGCGCGGCCGAUAAACUUUCCAAACUUUCCGGGCGUCCGUUUAGCGCUUCGAUGAUUCGACGUGUAGCGGUGUAUACGAUUAAUUAUUUAUUGUAGAUUUUUAUAUACGAAAGCACCCAAUGUCAUUACUGUUAUUUUUUUCUAUUGUAUCGUAAUAUACGAAGGGAUGGAUGCUCAAUCCUUAUCAUAAACAUUAUUUUGACCUUGCAAACAUAGAUAUGUGAUGUGUGUUCAUUGUGAAAACCUUGAUUAUCAUUAAUCAUAUUAUACAUGUAAUGUUUGUACUUUUUACGAAAAGAUAAUAAUCCUAUCUCUCAUCUCAUAUCGUUAAUUUAUUGUCAACAAGCUGACAUAUAUCCGUAUGAGCAUCGUUUCAGUGUAAGACUAAUACUGUAUUGUACACGCUCAUUUUUUUUGUAAUAUUAAUAAACUUAUAUUUUAUAUCAUC